AUGGCUGUGGAAUUCGAUGUUGUGAUUAUUGGAGCAGGCCUCUCAGGAAUCAACGCCGCCCAGCGAGUCCAAAUGCAACUCCCAGGACUGACUUACACAAUCCUGGAAGCUCGCGGAGCCAUAGGUGGGACCUGGGACUUGUUCAAAUACCCAGGCAUUCGGUCUGAUUCUGAUCUCUAUACUUUCGGUUUUCCAUGGCGGCCAUGGGAAAGCACGAAAGCCAUUGCCGACGGUCCAUCAAUCAAGCAGUACUUGAUCGAAUCUGCUGCCGAGUAUGGUAUUGACAAGCACAUCCAGUACCGCCAUAAGCUGCUCGCCGCGGACUGGUCAUCUAAGACUCAGACCUGGUCGUUAGCAAUUGAUACCGAUGGGGAGAAGAAAUACCUGAAAGCCAAAUUCAUGAUCUAUGGCUCGGGAUACUACGAUUAUGAUGAACCAUUGCAAACCACAAUCCCCAACAUCGACACUUUCAAAGGCGCCACAAUCCACCCUCAAUUUUGGCCCCAGGAUCUGGAUUACGCUAGCAAGAAAAUCGUGAUCAUCGGUAGUGGAGCAACCGCAGUGACACUUCUGCCUGUCCUUGCAGAAACAGCAGCAAGCGUCACAAUGCUCCAACGGAGCCCAACCUACAUCUUGUCACAACCAGCAACGGAUUCCGGUUCCUGGAUCCGCAGACUUUUCCCUUCAUGGAUAGCACAUGCUCUCGUGCGCUGGAAAUACAUGUGGGGGAUGUGGCUGUACUUCCAAUUCUGCCGGGCAUUCCCGAUCAAAGCGAAGGAGCAAAUUGCCGCAGCUACGACAAAGGAACUUCCAAGCCGGAUCAAACAAGAUCCGAAUUUCAACCCCAGUUAUAACCCGUGGGAACAGAGGUUGUGCGUUUGUCCGGACGGGGAUUUCUUCAAAGCGCUGAGGAAGGGGAAUGCACAUGUCGUGACGGACACGAUUGAGACCGUUACAGAGACAGGGAUUUGCACAUUGCGGGGAGAGACGCUGGAUACUGAUAUCAUCGUCACGGCCACGGGGCUGAAGAUGAGAUUUGCGGGAGGGGUGAAGAUCACCCUUAAUGGUACGCAUGUUGAUAUCAAGGGUAAGUAUUUGUGGAAGGGGGUGCUAAUGCAGGACAUCCCUAACACGGCUUUCUUGCUUGGUUACACGAAUGCAUCAUGGACGCUGGGAGCGGAGGCUUCCAUGCAGCUAUUUUGUAGGAUAGUACGCUACAUGGCGCCAAGAGGACUUGGCGAUGUGACUCCGAGAGUAGAGGAUGAGAGUAAACUGCGGCCGAUGAGCAUGAUGAAUUUGAAGAGCACGUAUAUCCUUGCUGCGAAGGGAGUAUUGCCGAAGUGUGGAGACUUGAGGCCAUGGAGAGCGAGGGCUAGCUACUUUAAGGACUUUUGGGAUGCGAAAUUUGGUAGAUUUGAGGGGUUGGAGUUUCUUAGGGAUCGUGGACAAUUCGCGGAGUGA